AUGUCGAUCGCAUACAAUUUCGAGCCGGAUGUUUCGCCAAUUUAUCCCGAUGAUCAGUCUGGUUAUUCAGUACAUUUUAGCUCGGCUGACACUCCGAAACGGAGUGGAAGGCGAUCGUCGAAAAUUCCAGCAGCGAUUCCUGAUAGAACAUUAGGAACAACCCAUUUAGAAAAUUGUUCGUAUGACUUGCCGUCAACGGAUCCUGAUCGAGAUAGUUCAAAGAAAACAAAUCCAAUUGUCGAAAAUAGCAGCGACAUAGUGCUCGAUAGUAUUGAGCUCGAACUCACCGCACCUCCUCCAGCUCCUCCAAUUCUCGCAAAUACUCACGUCGUGCUCACUGCCGGAUGUUGUUUACCCAUCAAGCGCCAUUUAGCUUCAAAUCUCGAAAAUCUUGGCGCGCAAAUUCAGAAAUGCGUUGAUUCGACGACAACACAUGUUGUUGUCGACCGCUACGCUGAUGCGGACGUCGUCGGCACGGCGAUGAAGCGACAACCGGAACCACCAAUGGUUGUCGACGUCAAAUGGAUUCAAGAAUGUAUCGAUAAAAAUGAGAGAAUCGGCGAGGCCGACUAUUCGAUGCUUGAUUGCCAUUAUUUGAAGCAAACCUGUCGGAGACUCUCAAAUUUUCACAACUCAGAAAAUGCCGAUCCUAAUGGCGAUGAUAUUGAAUUCCUUGACAUGUCACAUGCCAGCCCAGCAGAACUCGUCGACCAAUUCAAGAUGCUUUAUGCUCGCUUGGAUGCAUUGCAACACCAAGAAUCAAUCAUUCGAUACGCUUAUCACUCUCCAGAUUGUCCUACACGGUUAAAAUGCAAACCACCGGUUAACCUGGAUACAUCCAUGAUUAAAGAGCUUUUGUUGAGCAUGUCCGACGAAGUUCAUAUAAAGCGGCGACGAUCGUUUAAUGGUUUUGUUUUUCAACAUCGAGUUGUCGAGUCGGAAAAAGAAAUAUUAAACGUUAUAAUGAACAAUAAAGAUGAGCGUGUGACAUGGUCCCCAGAGAAGAGGAGUAGCGACUCGAAGCAGCUUAAAAUUAGGAAUGGCGCUUGUCGUCUCGAUGUUGUCAACGAUCUUCGCAAAACGAUGCCAACUGAUUUGCCGACUAUUCGAGAGACAUAUCAGAAAAAUGCGAAUAUUAAACGGCAACGUGGGCAGCCGAUGAAGCAUAAGUCGAAAGAAAAGGAGAUUCGCAAAGGCAAUAAGCCUGUUCGUACGGAUGAUUCGGAUAUUCAAUCAGCUAUGGCGUCGCUCACUAUUUAAAAGGAACUUCUUGUUCCAACCAAAUCCAACUUCAUCAAUCGUCUUCAAUUGCACGAAACGUUUGACGACUUCGUUUCUGACGUGUCCGGCUAUCGGACGAUUCUAGAAAAACCUGGAAUCAUUUUCACCGGGUUCAGCAAAGACUCGGAUAUUGAGAAGAAGCUUCGAAAAAUUGCCAGGAAGUACAGUCUAAGGAUUCAAGAAGAGCCUGACACGAAGACGAGGUGUGUUGUGAGCCGACAUGGGAAACGAACUCUUCUUGUCCUGAAAGCGGUUUGCAUGAAUAUUCCGAUUGUUCGGCCGCAAUGGUUAGAAGAAUCGUUUGAAGACUCGAAACUUCUCUCACACAUCGAUUAUCAGUAUAGCGCUUGGAAGGAAACUUUAUUGCGGAGAAGUUUACACACGAAUAUUUUCUCCUCUAUUCGGAAAUUCUUUGUUCUUGACGGAUGCGAGCCGCCAAAAAGUGAAAUUUGCUGGAUGAUUGAGAAAUGCGGCGGAAAGAUUGCCGAUUGUUCGGAAAAUGCUUCUGUCGUGAUAGCACCACUUGGGGCUGAAUUUCGGAUUUGCGAUGAUAAUGUCCAUAUUGUUACCCCAUUAUUUAUAAUAGGCAAUUUCUAA